AUGCAGUGUUGUGUUUUGAAAGUCGACGCCCAAUGUGGUGCGUGCAAGGGCCACAUGUUCGAAAUACUAAGAUGCAUUGAAGGGGUGUACGAUGUGACAAUGGAUGCCGAAAGUAAAACAGUAAAGAUCAUGGGGCAGGUGAAUCCAAAUUACUGCAUGAAAGCUUUAGCAAGAUGUGGAAUGCACGCAGAACUCGUGUGGGCAAACCUGAGCCACCCGAAGAUGCAAAGAGACUAUCGUGAUUACAAUCGUAACUAUAGUAGUGAUGGCCGCAUUAUGUACGAUUACGGAACAGCCCAACCCUAUGGAAAUAGAAGAUUGUUGCCCGAAGGCAUGUGGCAUGAGACACCCGAUGGGUACCCCCCAGUGAUGAUGGGGAAUAACGUAUAUUCUACCAACACAUACUAUGACGAAUCUAGGCGCAAUCCUCUUAUCGACUAUUAUAAUCAGGACUCGAUGAAUUUUUGUAGCAUAUUAUGA